AUGGCUGUUGAUACAGGUCCCGGCCUCAGUGGCCGUUCCUCCGAUAAGACUUCGGAGGAAAGACCGAGCAUAAAGCAAGAAGAACACGAUAUGGUAGACGAACGACAGAUACCGUCUAAAGACCAGAACAAGAUGGUCUAUCUUCAAGGUGCUCAAUUCUGGUCCAUCGUUAUAUCCAUUGCGAUAAUGAUGUUCAUCACGAACCUCGAGGUUCCCGUCGUGACUACGGCUUUGGUUGCCAUCACGGAUGACUUGGGUGGUUUCGACAGCGUCGGCUGGGUCGUCGCUAGCUACUUGCUUGGAUACGUAGCUGUCAUUGUUAUUUGCGCCAAGUUCAGUGACAUCUUUGGUCGGAAGCUGGUCUUCUUGCUCUCCAUCGCAUGGUUCAUCAUCUUUUCUGCGGCUUGCGCUGCUUCACAGACCAUGGUACAGCUGAUUGUCUUUCGGGCGUUCCAGGGCCUUGGUGGUGGUGGUUGCUUCUCCCUCUGCACGAUCCUGAUUACCGAGCUCGUUCCUGCGGAGAGCUAUACACAGUUUGUAUCCAACAUAUCGCUCUCCAAUGCUCUGGCGCUCUUGCUAGGGCCCAUCAUCGGUGGCGCGAUAGCUACUCACACCACCUGGAGGUGGAUCUUCAUCAUCAACGUUCCAAUAGCAGUACCCGCCUUCGUGGUGGCAUUGCUCGCUAUUCCCAAAGACUUCCCGCACCACGGCCGACUCAGUAGCCAGCCAAUGGGCAUGAAGCAUCUGUUGUCGAAGGCCACGCUUGAUCGUGUUGAUAUUCCAGGGACUGCUCUCAUCCUCUGUGCAACGCUGGCUCUGACAGCUGGCUUCGAGGAGGCCGACAAGAAGUUUCCUUGGAAGUCUGCGUACGUCAUCACCUUAUUGACCGUGGCGGGACUUCUGUGGAUUGCCCUCGUCCUCUGGGAGCGGUACGUAACGAUUUCGGACAAGAUCCGAGAGCCUGUGCUGCCUUGGAGGUUCCUUACGAACCGGCAGAUGAUAGGCAUACUAUUAAACUUCUUCUUCCUGGGCGGUCCUACCAUCAUUGGCAUGUUCAUCAUCCCUCAGAGAUACGAGCUGGUGUACGGGAUCUCCGGUCUCGACGCUGGCGUUAGGCUCAUACCCUUCACGAUUACCAUUGCGGCUGGCUCAAUCUUCGCAUCUAUUCUGGCAGGCAAACUGAAGGUCCCCCCAAUGUACCUUGUCCUGCUAGGGUCUAGUCUCCAAAUCAUCGGGUUCGCUUUGCUAGGCACACUACCUUCGACUCUCCACAUACCUGCGCGCAUGUAUGGCUACGAGAUCAUCACUGGAUGGGGCUGCGGGAUAAACUUCUCGCUACUCUUCAUCAUGAUCCCUUGGGUGAUUGAGGGACGCGAUCGCGCUUCGGGCAUGGGUGCUGGCGCCCAGUUCAGAAUGAUGGGCAGUGCUGUAAUCCUGGCAAUCUCAACCUCGGUCUUCAACACCUAUACGCGACCAAUCCUUCAGAAACUUCUAGGUGUCUCGGACUCGGACUCUCUCAUCCAGUCGGGGGCUUCCUUGGCUUCGCUGCCUCAAGCGCUGCAAGAUCAGGUCCGGUACACACUCGGCGAAGGGUACAAUCGACAGAUCCUUGUUCUGUGUGUUUCGGCUGCCUUGCAGAUUCCGUUUACCCUCUUGAUGUGGAAGAAGAAGCAGCUUGUGAUUUGA